UUCAAUAAAUCUUGGCAGGAAUAUGUCGAUGGUUUUGGUGAUUUGAACAAAAAUCAUUGGCUUGGUCUGCAACGAGUUUUUGAAAUUACUAACAGUCGGAACUACGACCUACAUAUCAAUAUCCAUGCAAAACCUGAAUAUAACAACAAGACCAUUAUCUACCAUAAUUUCAAGAUUUCGAAUUCUGCAUCGGGAUUUCAACUUAUUAUUGACACGGCAGAUGAGGUGUAUCCAUGGCCAUUAGGAGACUGUCUCUCCGCACUGAACAACACAAAGUUCAGUACUCCGGAUCAAUCAGGCUGUGCUGCAGCCUUCCAGUCCGGAUGGUGGUUUGAUGCCAACUGUAGUGCUUGUAAUGCUAAUGGU